GCAGUGUUUCCCGAAUUCGAGAGCGUAGCUCAGCUGAUCGCAACUCCAUUCCUAAGGUGUCGCGAAAUGAUUCUAUGAGUCGAUGAGGAAGUUUCUCCGUGGAAUCAAAGCCCUCCAGCUCUGCCGCGAAACGAGGCUCUUCGACUGCACAAAUCGCGGGCAGCAGAAGCUCGGGAUGGCUUUUGUUUUCCCUCGGACGAACCCUCCGGUCUUGCCCCACGAAGCUCUCGAGAAAUACCGCCGAGACGAUGCGAAACUCAAGGCCAACCUCACAGUGGGAACCUAUUGGAACGAGCGAGAGAAACUCCAUGCGUUCGAAACGGCGCGUGAAGCUCGACGCAUAGUUCACAGCCGGGUGCACUGCCACAAUUAUCCGCACCAAGGCGGCAAUGAAGACUUCAGAAGGCUUGUGACAGAGUUUGUUCUAGGCAAGGGACAUCCGGCACUGGGUCGCAGUUCGAGUUUCCAGUCGUUGGGGGCAGGGGGAGCCCUGUCGAUUGUCGGCCAUCUCUUAAGCAAGUACAUGGCAUGCGACACGAUAUUCCUCUCGUCUCCGCAUUGGCCUACGUACGCGAAAAUUUUCCCCUUGGCCGGAGUCACGAAUAUCGGGCAUUACCGCUACUUGAAAAACGGAGCCUUCGAUCUAGACGGAAUGCUUGAGGAUCUCCUAGCGCUCGAUUGCCGCUCUGCGGUGCUCCUGCAAGUUUGCUGCCACAAUCCCACCGGUUGCGAUCCUACGAUCGAGGAUUGGAAAAAAAUCGUUGCUAUCGUUCAGGAGAAAAAGCACCGCGUUAUCCUCGACGCGGCCUAUCACGGAUACGUGAGCGGAGAUCCCUUCGCGGAUCUCGAGCCAGUGCGAAUUUUUGUCGAUGCCGGGCUGGACGUGCUGCUUUGCCAGAGUUUCUCGAAAAACCUCACAAUGUAUUCGGACCGUAUCGGGUCUCUGACAGUAGUCGCGAGCGAUACCGAAGCGCUACAAGCCAUCGAGGCUGCCGUAUUCACGAUCGUUUAUCACUCGUACGUCGCACCGCCCCGCGACCCCGCUCUCAUCAUUGCGACGAUUUUAGGCGACACCCAGCUCCGCGACCUGUGGUUUGAGGAGCUACGUCAGGCAUCCGAUAGAUUGCAGAAGAAUCGCCGACGAUUGUAUGACGCCCUAAUGAGAGAACUACCGUCUGAACGAUGGGAACGAAUACUCCACCAGAAGGGACUGUAUUGUUCCGUCGACGUAGAUCUUAACGACGUACAGAAGCUACAGGAAAGAUAUUCCGUUUAUAUUUUAGCCAACGGUCGCAUAAAUCUCAGCGGUCUUAACGAAGGGAAUAUUUCACACGCGGCGCGAGCACUCGCUGGGGUGGUCUCAGAGAUUUGAGUUGAAUAAAUAUUUUCUUA